AUGUCUCUGAAGGGUCAAGCAGCAGCCAAGGGCACGGACCAAGGCACAGGUGGAGGCACAGCUACGAGGCCAAGCAGCCAGAAGGCGCCGCAGGAGGAGAAGGAGAAGGAGAAGGAGGAGGAGGAGAAGGAGAAGGAAGAAGAGGAGGAGGAGAAGGAGGCGGAGGAGAAGGGGGAGAAGGAGGAAGAGGAGGAGAAGGAGGAGGAAGAGGAGGAGGAGGAGAAGGAGGAGAAGGAGGAGGAGAAUCAACGAGGGGCAAUCAGAGAGAGGGACCUAUGCUGCGACGGCAUAAAAGCAUUGAUCAUUCUCCGUCAAACGCGCAUUCUGUGUGAUUUCCUCGCUGCCGCCCCUCCGGAGAGAGAGAGAGAGAGCUUCAAGGAGAGAACGAGAGAGAGAGCUUCAGAGAGAGGCGCUCGCGCACUCAAGAGCAAAAUACAUGCCCAACUCACUCGCACCGUGCACGCCCCCCUGGGUCAUGCCGCCUACCCGGACGAGGCUGCCUGUCUUCGUUUCUUGACGCACAAGAUGAAGACCAUCCUCGAUGACCCCGACACGCUAGAGCGCGUCCAGCGUGCCGCCCGCCUUGAGGAUGUUCGCUUAGAAGACAUGCACACCUUUGUGGCCGACUUGCAGGGCCCCCACUCCGAAGAGUAUGAGGUGGAGUACGUGUCCCAGGCUGCGUAA